AUGUGUCGCCAUCGUUUGGUAACGCUCCUGCUGAUCGCCCUGUCCGUCGCCCAGCUCGAAUCACUGCCCGUGUCCAGCUUGCUGUCCGACGACAACGGUGAUUACGAUAGUUUCGAGAACGAGUACGAUGUAGUGUUCGACCAACGGCAGACCGGAAAGGCCAACGUGCACGUCUCGGUGGACGGUGUCCUGCUGGCGCUGCCCGCACCGGAAGCGCCGUCCUCGGCCGUGGUCGGAGCGACGUUGCUCGAUCUGUUCGCUUCGCAGCUGGCGACUGGUGCUGGGGGUUCCGAGUACGACAUCUCCGAAGAAUCGCACGAAACGGGUGGCCCGGCAAAUGGAUCCUCCACGCACACCAAGGUGACAACGGCGGCCACUAGCACCACCAGCAGUACGACGGAGAUGCCAUCGGCCCCACUCGUUGCCAACGAUUUCGCCUAUCAAGCGUCGCUUCCGGCUAGCCUACUCGGGCAGGGUUUGUCUUUCCUGUUCAACAACCGACACUCCGAGAUACCGUUCCGGGUUAAUCCGGGUGGUGCCGAGCCGACCAAGCAAACCAUCCCGGUACUUCUGCCCGUGGUGGACGCAGUGGAACAGGAUGAUUCGAGCGAGUCGCACGAGGACGAGCCCGAGGCGGCUGCCGACGCUAAGCCGCUUCGCAGUCCAUCAUACUCCGGAAAGCGGAAGCGCAAGCAUAAGCGAAAAUACAAAGUGGCAAGCUUCUUGAGACCGCUGCUGAAGCGUACCGUGCUCGUGCACUGA